AUGCGCUCCCCGAGCUCCUGCGGUGCCUCCCCGUGCGGGGUGGCCGCGCCCCAGCCUAUUGCCGACAGCUGCAACGAGCCCUGCGUGCGGCAGUGCCCGGACUCCACCGUGGUCAUCUACCCCCCGCCCGUGGUGGUCACCUUCCCCGGACCCAUCCUCAGCACCUUCCCGCAGCAGAGCGUGGUUGGCUCCGAGGGAGCCCCCGAAGUCGGGAGCGGCUACGGAGGGCUCUAUGGCUCCCGCGGCCUCUACGGCUUUGGGGAUCGCUAUGGCUUGGGUGGCCUCUACGGCUCCCGGAGCCUCUAUGGCUCUGGGGACUGCUAUGGCUAUGGGGGGCUGUACGGUGGCUACCGGAGCCUCUAUGGCAUUGGGGACUGCUAUGGCUACCCAGGGUUCUACUCCAGCCGCUACAGCUACCCCUUCAGCUCGCGCUACGGCCAGAGGUUCGGCUAUGGGGGCUGCUACUCCUGCUAG